AUGAAGGCAUCAUUGCUUUGCAGCGCAACGCUUUUCUCUUUGGCGACCUUUGCCUUCCCGGCCAACUUGCUCAGCAAUGACAUUAGCGAUGACACGCUCGCGGACAUCGCUGUUUUGGCGGCAAAGAUAAAACGAGCUGCCGAGGAGAGGCCUGAUGCCAGCAAUGUAAAACGUGGAUUCAAUGCUGAUGCUCAGCGCAUCAGCACCUCCGGUGACCACCAAUAUAUUGCACCAGGCCCAAAUGACCUCCGUGGACCUUGUCCUGGUCUGAACGCCAUGGCGAACCAUGGCUACAUCUCCCGCUCCGGCGUGAGUUCAAUCGUGGAAUUGACUACAGCGUCUAACGAAGUCUUCGGCAUGGGUCUCGAUCUAUCCGGAUUCUUGUCAGUUUACGCUGCUGUUAUGGAUGGAGAUGUCGCGUCGGUCUCGAUUGGCGGCGCGCCGAAGAGUGGAUUGUUAGGAGGAGUUACCUCCUCAAUUGGUCUUCUUGGAAAGCCGCAAGGUCUGACUGGAUCGCACAACCGUUUCGAGUGCGAUGCAUCACCCACGCGAUCCGACGAGUACGUUACUGGAGACCCAGCGUCAGUCAACCUGUCCCAGUUCGAGGAGCUCGUGGCCAUGCCUCUCGGCCCGAACGGUAUCGAUCUCUCAGUCAUAUUUCCAUUCCGGGUAGAGCGCACCAAACAGUCGAUCGCUACCAACGGACACUUUUUCGCUGGCCCUCUCACACAUCUUGCUGUCAACUCUGCAGCCUUCUACUUCACAUACCGCUUCUUUGCCAACCACAGUGCUGAGUACCCAGAGGGCUAUCUAGAUGUCAAUACACUCAAAUCAUUCGAGGGCAUUACCGGAGAACAGGGCAAUUACAAGUGGGCUUCAGGACAAGAGAGAAUUCCAGAGAACUGGUAUCGCCGCGCCAUUGGUGACGACUAUGGAAUCUUAGGCCUCGACCUUGACGCUGUUAAUGCAAUCACGAAAUAUCCUGAACUGGUCCGAGUCGGUGGCAACACGGGACAGCCGAAUACUUUUGUGGGUGUUGAUGUCGACGACUUGACAGGCAACGUUUUCAACGCGCAGACACUGCUCGAGGGAAACAAUGCUAUGUGUCUUGCAUUCACCGCUGCUCAGGUAGCUUCUCCAGACAUUCUGAGGGGCCUGCUUGGAAAUAUUGUAGAGGCUGUUCAACACUUGACAGACGCCUUGAACCCGAUACUCCAGACACUUGGAUGUCCUGAGCUCGUAAAAUACGAUGCGACGCUAUUUGACAAAUUUCCUGGAGCUGGAAGUGGUCUCUAG